AAAGUUUCAGGUCUCACAAAACAGUGAAACGCAAAUCCCAUACACACAGUGAACACUCGGUCGGACAGACAGCGCGCAUCGUCCUUCCCUCAAAACACAAAAAAUGGGUGUUUUCGUUAAACUGAUAGACGCCCUACUCUUCUUCUUCUUCACAAUCAUCGCAAUCUGCGCUCCGCUCAUCGACUCACAGGCUUGCCUUCCGGCCCACCUGUACCCAAAAGUUAUCGUCGAUCUCACCACCCGGUACUCGCGCGAAUUCGGCGAUUACUUGAUGGUGGAGAAACCCAAUUUCUUCGUGGGUCUGGUCUGGCUCGAGCUCCUCUUCGCGUGGCCCCUCUCCCUCCUCAAUCUCUACGCCAUUUUGGGGGGCAGGUCUUGGUUCCGCACCACCUGUUUGGUCUAUGGCGUCUCCACUCUCACUUCCAUGGUUGCUAUAUUAUCAGAAAUGUUGGGGUCCCAGAGGGCAUCAGAUAAGCUGUUGAUGAUGCACUACCCUUUCCUGGGUUUUGCGGUUUUAGCCAUUUUGCGCGGCCUUCUACCAUACCCUGGCAAGACCACUGCAGCUGGAAGACCAGGAUUGACUAAGAAGAAAAGGGUUUGAGAUCUUUUAGCCUUGUUUGUUUGGUUAAGUUGGGUCUUUGUUUUUUUGUUUUAUCGGGAUGUGUUGUGCUGUUUGUUGUGUGGGGUUGUUAGUAUGGGCAUGUAUGUAUGGACAGGCAUGAUGUACUAACUUAUUUGAUAUUAAUGGGAUGUUAUUGUUCGUUAAAAAAAAAAAAAAACCCGGGAUAGGAUUUUGUUUUUCUUUCUCUUUUCUUCAGAGGCUUUUGAUUUGAUUUUUUCUGUUUGCUGAGAUACUGCUUGUACUUGUUUUUGUUGCUUAUGAGUGACGUUGAUUUUUCCCACUGUUAAA